AUGCCUAUCACUCGCGAAUACGUUCACAAGAUAUUCGAGCAUGCCAAGAAUAAUGAGCAAGCUGAGAUGUUCAGAUAUGUCCGUGACGAUGUGAGAUCAAUGGUUGUCAAUCCUGAGAUCAAAUCUUCUUUCGCCUCUGGUGGCUAUACCAAUAAACUUGAUUAUCAAAAAGCUUUAUCCCCAUUCGGAAGCAUGUUCGCCUCCCCGCUUGACAUUAGCAUCAACAGGAUUUUGGUAGAUGGGGAUACAGCUGUGGUAGAAUUAAGGAGUGAAGCUCCUGGUAAGAGGACGGAGGAGCAAUACGUCAAUUAUGUCUGUAUGAUUCUCGAGUUUGACGAUCAAGAGGAACCAAAAGUCAAGAAGUUCCAUGAAUACCUUGAUUCCGCUCAUUUACAAGCUUUCUAUGAGAAGAACAAAGGUUGA